CCAACACUACAAAAAGAUGGCGACGCGCUCGCUACUUGUUAAUUAACAGUGCCAGUUGUUAUUUUUUUUUUUUGUAUAUUGCUUUUAAACCUUAAGCGAAUGAAAUAAAUAAAAUGUAAACAACAAAAACGCGAGACUUGAAUGCAGAACGAAACCAUAAUGCACUGCGCCUGCACAACCGAGAGUGAAGUGAAACAAAUUCAAAACGCUACAAAGUGCACGAUUUAACAAUUGAAAAGGACGUCGGGUACGUCAAUAAUAAAAAGAAAACAACACGCAACAUGGACACAGAAACGGGCAGCACCACCAGCAGCAACAGUAGCAGCAGCAGCAGCAGCAGUAAUUCAAGUAGCAGCAGCAGCAAUGGAAACAUUGCCUAUGCCAGCACAGAUGUCUCCACCAAUCAUCUCAACGAACAGCCACAAACGAAACGCCAGAAAAUAGAUAAACAAAUACAUUUGGUGGCUGCCAAAUCGCCGCCGGACAUAUUGGCAGCAGCUGCAGCGGAUGUGAUGGAUGCCAAUGGCAACAAUCGGAGUCAUCUGUUAUCCUCAUCGCUGUCUUCGUCCUGUUCCACACACUCGCUGCCCAGCAGCACAAACAACUCGCCGACAACGACUCCCAGUAAUUCGCGUGCCGCCUCCUAUGCGCAACUACUGGGCGGUGUCCAGCACUUAGUCAACAAUAUCUUGCCACAAAAGGGCAGCGAAGGCGUUGCCAAGGAUGAGGUCGAUCGAGCAGCGCAGCUAACCGAACUGCUAAUGGCCACAAAGGAGCUGACUCAGACAACGACCAGCAGCAGCAAUAGCAGCAGUAGCAAUAAUAUCUGCUCCGCUUCCUCCUCCGCCUCGACCAUUGAUGAUAUGCUGGAAUUUGAGCAAUCGCUGACACGCCAAUGCCUCUGCGGCGUCUCAGAGCGCACGCUAAGGAAGCCCUUCCAAUCACACUACUCACACGACUCGAAUGGCCAGAAGCGCAUUGCCUACUUGCGGGAAUGGCCAACCAACAAGCUGUUGCAGUUCCUCUCCAAUUUGCAGCUGCUCUUCGACAUUUACCUGAAACAGAAUGCGAAGGGCUUCAUUUGCACUCGAAUUAUGGACGUGUGCGAUGCUUUAAUACGCAACGAUCACAAGCUGAUCGAUGAGAUUAUCGUGCUGGCCGGCUACAACAAUUCCUAUGUGCAAUUUUUGGCAGCGCGUGUCCUGGCCGCCUUUUUGGUCAUUGCCAAACAGGAGCUGAACGACGAGUGGCUGCAAAAGAUUGUCGAUCAAUUGUUCAACUACGAUCUGUUAGAUCAGACAGCCGUGCAGAAGAUACACUUUAGCUUAGAUAUAAUCAAACGGAUUGUGGAGUGGAAGGAUGUGGAGCUGCAUCCGCUUGACGAUGAAUAUACGACGAGCAGCACGGCAGCCAGCACAGCGGCAGAUACGUCCAUUAGUUAUAUGCAUUUCCCCGUGCAGGAUCAGCCACUGGCGAAUAACUAUUUCGCGCUACAAUUCCGUGAUGCAGUCGAGGCUGAUGUGGACCAUUACGAGCAUAGCCAGAGUACAACAACAACAACAAAUAAUAGCAGUAAUUCACCCGCUAACUAUAUACCAGCCAAUGGUUGCCAUGUCGUCGCCCUAACCGACUCGGAGAGCUUCGAUACAACGCAUCUAAAAUGUGUAACCAUACAGAAGCUGGAGCACAAAUGGCCAACGCUAGUGAAGCACAUGUCGGAGCUGAUGGCUCCAGUGCAUCAGGAUAGCGCCGAGCAUUGUGUGCUCAACUUUCUGCAGCUGUGGGAGAACAUCAUUUCCGUCAAGGCGAAUCUCUCGAUAGACGAGACGCGUCCGUUCUACGCGCAGCUGGACAAGUUUGAGCUGCUGCUCAAUCACAAUCUGUCGUGCACGGUCUACAAGCAGAUGCUGUGCCUCUUCAAUGAGGCGCUCUGCUAUGGCUCCACGCUGGCGCUGCAGGACAUGCUGCCGGAGGAGACAUGCAGGCUGGCCCAUCAGAUUGUCUGCCAUGUGCGCAGCUUGCGCAUACUCGAAUCCUUGCCACGGCGCCAGCCCCAGAAUAUUGUUGGACUGAUUGGUUACAAUGGUGCUCCCGUCAAUUAUGUGCCUGGCACUCUACUCGUUCACAACUCUCUGCCGGCACACGAGGGGACAGAGGCGGCAGCAGCUGGUGGCGUUGGCCUCAUCGAAAUGGAUAAGACUUUGCUGCAGAAGAUGGUGCUACUGGUGCUGAAAUCGAUAGCGGUUACUGUGAAAGAAAUACGCAGCGAUUCAUCGGACUCGUCGAUAGAUUCAACCGAUUACGAUGCCUUUCAGGAUAUACAGCUGAUCGAGCGAUCGAUAAGAGAUGUCCUGAGCAAACUGGAAACGUUCAUCAAGCAGACACUGGAGUUCCAUCCCGAAUGCCAUUUUAGUAAGAUUCUGAUACAUCUCUUUGAUGAUCAGGAUGAUCACUUGAUAGAGGCAAUGGUCUGCACCCUGGACGUCACAUCGGGCAUCUCGUUUCGGAAUAAUGCAUUCCCUGAGCUGGUCGCCAUGCUGAAUCCUGUAUAUACAUUCCUGGAGUUUCUCAAAAUGGCAUCGAAUAGCUCGGACCUGUUGCUGGAUCUGCUUGUCAGCAAUGAGACGUGCUUUCUGCUGUAUUUGCUGCGAUUUCUCAAAUAUAUACGGAUGAACUGGACGAUGUUUGUGCAUAGCUGCCAUAGCUUUGGCAUGGGCAAUGCCAUGCUGGACGAGGCGAUGGGCGUGCUCAUCCGCUUGCGUCUGCAAAUAUCCCGGCUCGUCUCUCGACAACUAUAUCCCUAUGAUAUAUCGCCCGUGCUUCGUUUGCUGGAGAGCUGCGAAAGCCUGUACGAAGGCAAUGAGCUUAGUUAAAGAUUAAUCCUUAAUCACACUUCCACAAUUGCAAUUAAAAUACGUAAUUUAUUAUUUUGUAUUUAAAUGAAUAGCUGAAGAUGAAGACGGAG